GUUGUGAAAAUUAGAAUUUUGCACCAACUUGAGAAAAAAUCCUGUGGAGAACACUGCAUUUCUCAUCAUAAAACUAUAAAUCUCUUGUAUUAGUCAGAGAGUAACUAGAGUGGCUAGCUGAUAGUGAAACAGGGCAAUUUUUCUAAACCACAAAACAUAAACAGUGUCAGUAACCUUGACAACAUAUGUGUUUCAGACUUGAACCAGGAGGAGCUAUUGGAGCUGCGGCUCUCUGAGUUGAGGGACAGGCUUCACUUUGCCGAGACCCUCAAUAAAGAGAGAGAGUCUGAUAUACACACCUUGAGGGCACAGCUGCAUGUAAUAAUGGGGGCCGAGGGGGGAGCUCCUUCAAAUACUUCCGUGAAUGGCAGUGUAAUACCCAGGGGUUUAUCACAACUGGGACCAGAAGUGCGGCAGCUAUUGAUGAACCUCUCCAGCAGUAGCUCAGAUAUACAGCCGCCAUCUAUAUUCCAUUACCUGCCUCAUCUUAUAGGAAAAUCUGAGGGUCUUUCUCCCCAUCAUAGACUCUCUAAAGGGCGUGUUGGAGUGUCUAUAGCUAUUGGAAUUCCACAUAUAAAAAGAGAUGGGGUCGUGUAUAUAAUGGAGACAUUGCAAUCUCUUAUAGAAUCCUUAGAUGAAGUAGAAAAAAGUGAUUGUGUCAUAAUAGUUUGUAUAGCUGAGCCGGAACAUGAUGAUUAUGUUAAAAAGACAUCGAGUGAAGUAGAAAAAAUGUUUCCCGAUGCUGUAAGAUCUGGCCUUCUUGAAGUAAUAUCUCCCCCUAAAAUUUUUUACCCAUCAUUUAAAAAUCUCAAGGAAACGUUUGGUGACCCUAUAGAUAGAGUCAAGUGGCGAACAAAACAAAACUUAGAUUAUUCUUUUCUGAUGCUAUAUGCUAAAAGUAAAGCUACAUAUUAUGUACAGCUUGAAGAUGAUGUCGUCACUAAGCCAGGCUAUUUUACAACUAUGAAAAACUUUGCUUUAAAUCAAAAAACAGACGAAUGGCUAAUACUAGAAUACUCUAACUUAGGAUUUAUAGGAAAAUUAUUCAAAUCAAGUGACCUCUCCAUGGUGGUUGAGUUUUUCCUGAUGUUUUACAAGGACAAACCAAUUGAUUGGUUACUGGACCACAUGCUCUGGGUUAAAGCGUGUAGCCCUGAACGAGAUGCUAAACAUUGUGCACGAAUGAAGAGUGAAAUCAAACGAACAUACAAGCCAUCAUUAUAUCAACAUAUAGGUCUACAUUCAUCAUUAAAAGGAAAAGUACAAAAAUUAAAAGAUAAAACAUUUGGUAAAAGGGAGCUCCAUAGGGCUCAUCUGAAUCCAACUGCCGAUGUUACAACAACAAUGAAGGUAUAUCAACAGUACACACUGGAGAGAGCCUAUCUGGGGGAAACAUUCUUUUGGGCGUACCAACCCACAAAAGGGGACACUCUCAACUUUAAGUUUCACGAACCUCAGUACAUUGAAAGUCUCACAUUCAAGAGUGGCAACAUUGAACACCCUGGAGACAGGUUUUACAAUACAUCAGUGGAAAUACUCCCUGUAAAACAUUUAGAGAAACAAAAAGGGAUAUUAGACAAUGAAAAGCAUGAAGAUCCAUACCCAAAAACUCCAGAUGGAUAUCUUGUUGUAGACCACUUUAGUCAUACCACAGGGGGUGCUUUUGCAAAAUUAAACAGCUCAAUAGGAGCUGUAUCAGCUGUUCAGUUAGUUGUGCUCACAGAGAGUGAUGUCUGGGUGAUUUUAAGUGAGAUUUACAUAAAAACAUACAAGCCGCAACCCACCAGGUGA